AUAAAGAAAACAAAUGAUGAGAAGAACCCAAUAAACAAAUUAAUCAAAUGGGAAGGAUCUUUGGAAUGGCAUCGAAGUUUUUCUGUUCCUCUGCGAUUUUGAUCACUCUGUUGUUUCUGAAGAUUUUUGCCGUCGUUCAUGGCCGAAUUCCGACGACCCUCGAUGGGCCUUUCAAACCCGUCACUGUUCCUUUUGAUGAAAGCCUACGUGGGAAGGCUGUUGAUUUGCCAGAUACCGAUCCUCGCGUGCGCAGGCAGGUUAAGGGGUUUGAGCCAGAGCAGAUAUCUGUCACUCUUUCUUCGACUUAUGAUUCAGUCUGGAUUUCUUGGAUUACAGGGGAGUUCCAAAUCGGGAACAACAUAAAGCCAUUAAAUCCUAAAACUGUAGCAAGUGUUGUUCGUUAUGGGAUGCUACGAUAUCCAUCAACACAUGAAGCAACUGGUUUCUCUCUUAUUUACAACCAGAUUUAUCCUUUCGAAGGACUCCAGAAUUACACCUCAGGAAUUAUCCACCAUGUUCGUCUCACAGGGUUGAAACCUGACAUGAUAUAUUACUAUCGAUGUGGAGAUCCUUCUAUACCGGCCAUGAGUAAGAUAUAUUCUUUCAAGACGAUGCCAGUUUCUGGUCCCCAGAGUUACCCAAAAAAAAUUGCUGUGGUGGGCGAUCUGGGUCUUACAUACAAUACAACUUCUACAAUUAGUCACUUGAUACAUAAUAGUCCUGAUCUUGUUCUAUUAGUCGGUGAUGUAACUUAUGCCAACCUGUAUCUUACAAAUGGAACUGGAUCCGACUGCUAUUCUUGCUCAUUUUCGAAUACUCCCAUACAUGAGACAUAUCAACCUCGUUGGGAUUACUGGGGAAGAUUUAUGCAACCUCUGGUGUCAAAAGUUCCAAUAAUGGUUGUGGAAGGGAACCAUGAGAUAGAACCACAGGCUGAAAACCUCAGCUUCGUCGCUUACAGUUCUCGAUUUGCAUUCCCUUCUAAAGAAAGUGGAUCUUCAUCAACAUUCUACUAUUCAUUUAAUGCAGGCGGAAUCCAUUUUAUCAUGCUUGGUGCCUACAUUUCUUAUAACAAGACAGGGGAGCAAUACAGGUGGCUGGAGAGAGACUUAGCUAAUGUGGACAGAUCUGUGACUCCAUGGUUGGUAGCUACUUGGCACCCACCUUGGUAUAGCACUUACAAAGCCCACUAUAGAGAAGCAGAGUGUAUGAUGGUGGAGAUGGAAGAGUUACUCUACUCUUAUGGUGUUGACAUAGUUUUCAAUGGACAUGUUCAUGCCUAUGAGCGGUCAAACAGAGUCUAUAACUAUACUUUAGAUCCAUGUGGACCUGUCUAUAUCACAGUUGGAGAUGGGGGUAAUCGAGAGAAAAUGGCCAUCACACAUGCUGAUGAACCUGGUAACUGUCCAGAUCCUUUGAGUACACCAGAUAAACACAUGAGUGGCUUCUGUGCCUUCAAUUUUACCUCUGGACCAGCAGCAGGUAAGUUCUGCUGGGACCGACAACCUGAUUACAGUGCAUACAGAGAAAGCAGCUUUGGCCAUGGAAUCCUAGAGGUGAAGAAUUCAACUUAUGCUCUGUGGACAUGGCACCGGAAUCAGGACAUGUACAACGGUGCCGGGGAUCAGAUUUAUAUUGUUAGAGAGGCUGAUAAGUGCCAAGUGAAACCGAUGGUUGGUGAUUAUAGGAAUAUACGAUCGUUAUUAAAAGACUAAUGUAGCACAUAACUUCUAGGAAAAUCAGCAUCAGCAUACACUUCAAGGGGUCACAACCAACUCAACCUGUUUUGCACAAUGCCAUCCAAAGUAGCAGUUGACUU